CCAGGACUUGUAAUAUGUGGAGCACGAGGAAACAAUUAUUCUGUAGAACAUUUCUAGUAUCUGACCUGUUUUAAGAGAGACAAAGAGAAAAGAAUGACAAAACUCAAAUACUAGCUAGCAGUGAAACUUGAGACUGUGAAUUCACCCACAGCCAUAAUAAUGAACGCACACGGAUGAAGAGAGUCACGAGCUCUGAAUGAAGGAAUGAAUGAAUGUGUUGCAAAUGACGGAGACGGAUGACUCUGCACGCUUUGUCAGAGAGUUUCUCAACAGGACAGGUUUAACGGUUUUCACAAAGUACCUGACUCAUUCGUCGUGUGAGAUAUUAGCCUCACUGAACUGAGAGUGAUGAUAAAAAUGGAUGUCUCAAAGAGGAUCAUCAGAAAUCUGGAACCAGCGAGACCACUGCACCGUCUUAACACAAAUCAAGUCCUUCAAAGCUAUGCUGAGAUUAAGCCGGACAACAUUAUUAAAGUGGAGCAUUUCUAUGAAAUCCUGCAUCUUCAAAGUACCAGCGCCCAACCAAAGAAGAAAGCCGAAAGAAUUUGCUACACUCGGGACUUCCUCGUCAAGUUGGCAAGUUGUCCAAUGGCUAAGAUGAAACCUGAGUUUUUACCAGAACAUCCAAUCGUUUUGGAGAAUGGCAGAACCAAUGAUGUGCCCAGAUACUUCAUCACCAACUACAACAACAAUUAAAGCUGCAAGCAGCGAUGAACGGGCCCUCGCACCCGGGCUCACCGCCAUCGUGUUGCUCUAAUAAAAAGGUGAACGUUGA